GGACGCGCUAUCGAUCUUCAUCUUGUCCUUGACGCAUACACUCGCGUCCAUCGCACCCAACCUCCAUUGCAUCACCCAGUAGAUUCGGAACACUGGGGUAUUGACAGGGUAUCACUGUAACUGACGAGGUCCCAUACCCAUACCAUGGCGGCGGAACCAAGUGGUCCUCGCGCACGCGUAGCAUUGUCCGCGCUGCAGACUCGCGAGGCAGUUGAGAAGAAGAUCGCUUACCAGUCGGGCUACCUGACGGAGCUGAAGACGCACCUGAACACCUUCGCACCCAUCUCCGUGCUUCCUCCGGAGGUCCUCUGCAAGGUCUUCUUGCAUGCCGCGGACAGCGCCAUCAGCGCUCGUGUCCCAUCCCACGUCUGUAAACACUGGCGUGAUGCUGCGCUGAGUUGCGCUGCCCUUUGGAGCAGCAUAACAGUGUCAACGCAGCGCGCCUCGAAGUGGCUGGCGGAGGUGCUCGAACGAUCCAAAUGCGCACCUCUCACCGUUACCAUCAACGUUCGAUACGCCGAGUCCCAGGCAUAUCACUUGGACUUUUCGCUGGUAGGGUCGCUAGCAAUGGUCCUCUCGCAAAUAUCGCGCAUACGUUUCCUGUCCAUUACGAUCGAAGACGCACAUUUAGACCAGGUCCUGCGGCUGCUGAGUGGACCUGCUCCGCUCCUCGAAUCACUGCUUGUUCGCAGCAGCAAACAAACGACGUUCCGGUCGCACGUACGCUUCAACGGAGGCCACGCACAGCAGCAGCUACUACAACAUCUCGAGGCCACUAACCUCCAACGGUUGGAGCUAGGUUCCGUCUCGCUGCAGUGGGAUGGGCUGGGGCUGUACCGACUCACACACUUGACCCUCAACUGCAUACCGUAUACACACACCACGCUCGGAGACAUCGACGACCUACUCUCAGCCAUCGUACACAUGGUCCACCUUGAAGAGCUGACUAUCGAGAGAGAGCAGACGUUGCGGUUCAGCAGGGUGGUGCCCGAGGUCCCGAUUAUUGCGUCUCCCGUGGCUGCACUUCCCCAUUUACGUGUCUUGCGGAUCUCCGAGUCCGCUGUCAAUGGCGUAUGCCUCCUUGAUCAUCUGUACACUCCCUCGCUCUCGUAUCUGGAUUUCGAGUAUCUGGAUUUCGAAAUGGACGACGACGCAGAGCUGCUGUACCCCCCGCUCGUCGCUGCUGUGGCUGCCAAAGCACCCAGCUUGGGGACCUUCCGCACCCUUAGCAUCAUUGCUGGCUCAUUGGAGGGCGACUAUGUACGUGUUGAGGCCUAUCAUGACGUCCAUGGUGCUGCCGAUAUAGAACGCUUCAACGGAGACUUGAGGAAAAUCCAGAGGCCUGCACUGGUUGUGAGCAUCAGCUCCGUGCAGUCCGACAGGGUUCCUGACCUCGGCCGGCUGCUUCCCAUUGACGAUGUCCACUCCCUGUUUGUUUCUGGCUCUUUGUUUCCAGAGGACGCGUGGCUGCCACUUCUCCAACGAACCACCAAUGUUACGGAGCUUUUUGCCAUGGACGGCUCAGAGUCCUCAUUCUUCCCCGAGGCGCUGUUGCAUCGAUGCUGCAGGGAACGCAGGAAUGGCGACUCGGACUCAGAUGACGAGGGCCACCACUACCGUUGCAUUCUCCCACAGCUUCGGACCCUCACACUGUCGCACUUUUGGUUCGUAACUCGUGGAUACCAUGGUCAGCCCGAUCAGCAGGGACAACCGUUUGUUGGCCGCCUACUCGACUGUUUCAUACAACGGUACGAGUGCGGCGCGGAGAUCGAGCAGCUGCGCAUCAUUCACCCUGUCAAUUUGAAGAGCCGGGACAUUGACUUGCUGGAGGAGGUCGUGCGUGCGGUAGUGUGGGAUGGGUCCUUAUACGAAAAUGGGGUUAGCGUCGUCGAGACGAGCUACACCAGUUCCCCACAAUGGAACUACGAGGCUGAAGAGGAUAUCUACUCGGAAUUUGGUGGCUACGGAGAAUUUGACUACUAUUAGAUUGAAUCUGGCUCCGGCAAUGUAAGUACACAUCCUCCAUCUUCACAAGCACGCUCAGGUAGUCUACCAGCUAGUGACACGCAUACGAGCCUGAUCACAGUGAGAAUUGGCUACUAUACGCCCAGUCCGACUCAGUGUCAAACGUGACGUGCCCUCGAAGUUAUCGCGUGGACUAGUAGAACCCGAUGCGUGGGCGGAUCGAUUGAGCAUGGCAAGAGCGUGGCACGGACACAGUACUGU